CAUUAGAUAAUUACAAGAAUAAGCAAGAGCUAAGAACUGAACCAAGGGACAACAGCCCCAAAGAUAAUUUCCCCUUAACUAUGGUAAAAAGGAAUGACACUGUCAACGUAAAGGAUUUCAAUCUUGUCGAGACCUCCGAUCUUGAGCGUGUAGAAGUGACAGAAAAAGGAGGACAUCCUAUGUCAGGUAUGGCUCCUUCUAGGGUGCAGCAGUCAGACUGGAAACCACUGGCAAAGGACCUUAGUAUUAUGAAUUAUGGCGAUCAGAGGGUCUGUACAAAACAGCAGCAAUCAUCAAAAUGUAUCAACUCCCUGGCCCAGAGGAUGCGCAUUCCUUAUGCGUUCCGGAAGGUUUCAUCCAACACCAGAGUUGUAUGUAAAGACUCAGUUUUGUCAGACUCUAGUAACCAGCCCAAAGAAAGGAAAAAUGAAAUGAGUGUAGAAGGAGAGAACUCAGCCCACUCCCUGUCUCUUAACCAAUCAUAUGAUGUCGAUACACCAUCUGAGCUGUGGUUGCACGAAGGGUUAGGCUUUGGUUCAAAAAGUUACUGUGUUCAGGAAAAGUAUUUAACCCCAGAGAACCAAGGAGGAGGUCACAGAGGGGUUUCCAAGGCCAAACGUAGACUGCUUAUGCAAACAACGGAGGGGAAUGAAGAAAGGAUAGAAAGUGGAGGAGCCAGAUGGGUUGUCAGACCUCACUCCAGUGCUCCUAAAGACCCUAACAAGCAGGAGGACAAGUCCCAGCAGCAGACACAGGCCCAUGCAAUUCAGGUCAGAGCCCUGGAAGAUGAGCAGAGGAGACGGCAACUGGAGCAAAUACAGUAUUUCAGCCAGCCUGUCCCUGUGCUGCAGCAGUCUUCGAUGCAACAACCACCUCCUCCACUUCAACCUUCCACUUCUUUCCCGGAGUGCUGUCGCCCCCUGGUGUUGGCAGCAGUUAAGGGAUUCUUGACACGCAGACUCCUAAGGACUGAGAGAGUGGCACAGCUUCUCCGCACCAUCAAGGACACCCAGCAGUUCCUGCAAGUCUUUGAACGACAGACUCCAGGCAGAGGAGAAUUCUGUAGCAGACAGGACUUUUUGCUGCAGGAGAGAGUCACACUGCAGCUGCGCUCCGCACGCUAUGAAGUCUAUGGCAUUUUCUUCUGUAUGUCUGCUGGGGAGAGGAUGCGCCUGAUCAGCUGGGACAGAGAACUGGUCAGGGAGAGAGAAGUCAGACGUCAGAGCAGGAACACAGGCCGUUCCAAAGGAACGAAUUCUUUGUCAGCUGCCACACAAAAAUCCCUGGAGAGGAAGAGAGGUUUAAUGAUACAGAGGAGGGCAGCAGAGAGGCAGAGAAGGAUUGCCACAAGACCUGCACAGAGGUCUGGCCUUACAGAUGAGCUGCCAUCAAAACCCAAACAGGGACAUUUCAAAGCAAAUCUGCAGCGGCUUUCCAAAACCACCUAUUCCUGUUGACCCAGAUGACACAUCCCAUACAGACUUAAAUAAGGAAUCUACAAAACCAUCUAGUAUUUGUGUGUGUCUAUAUGUAUGUGUGUGUGUGUGUGUGUAUAUAUAUGUAUAUUUUAUUUUUUUUUUGCAAAUGAGACUUUUAAAAUUCGAUGGCCAUUGAUGACUUUUAUGACACAGUCAUGUCAUAUUCCAAGUGUGCUGUAGAUUGAUUGAAUGUGUUUGCUGGUGCCAACUUUAAGACGGAUAUAAUUUCACAGUUAAUCAGUCAUCCCAUUAUAUUUUCAUAUUCAGUGGUUCCCUGGAGAGCUGGAUAGGUGUUUACCAUUUGAAUAAUCUCUUAAGGGGCAGAUGAGUCCGACAUGAGGCUGUAGUGGCUUGCGUAGUUUUACUUUUUCAGUGUUGCAUUCAUCCAUAUUCUGCAAUCUUAAUACUCUGUUCAGAACACCUGGUUUAAAUCAGUGUCCCUGUUUUAUUAUUUAUAUAACUAACUAACUAACUAACUAACUAACUAUAUAUAUAUAUAUAUAUAUAUAUAUAUAUAUAUAUAUAUAACUAACUAAUUAACUGAGCAAAACAAGGUGUGCAUUGCACUCCUUGAUGGGCUAGAAACCAAAUGAUUUUAUUAAGGUCAAGUUAUUUAUUUCCCUGAUCUGCUUUCACCAAAUCCUGAUGAGAACCAUCAUCUUUUGAAAUAUCACUCAGUAUAUUUACUAUACUUUUUUUUUAGGUCUUCAUUUCAACAGUAAAUGCUGUAAUUAUAUCUUUCCGAAGUCCUGUCUUAACAUUUUUGGAUAUUGGUAUGGUGAAGGGGCUCAAGUUUAGAAAGUGUUAGUUAUUUUUUCACUCCAGCCUACGUGUUUUAAGGAAUACUGAUUUGU